GCGCGGGAUCUGGAGUCUGCAGGACCUGGCUGCGAAUCCAACCAGCUGAUUUCAAACUUUUCUGUGAUCUUCUGCAAGUUAACUCAGUCUCAGUUCCUCGUUUGCGAAAUGUACUUAAUAUGCACCCCAGGGUGAACUAAAUUUGUCCACAUAGACUGCAGCAGUGCACUUGGGAGGCGUCUUAGGGUGUAGGAAUCACUAACGUCAGUGAGUUUUGACAGAAAUGAGGGUGCAUUGGCAAAGGUGUGCCCCGUGGCCAUACAGGUUAGGAGGAGGGCCUGCUAAUAUUUUUUCUUAAAUUGUAAACAGCCAUCUGAAUGAGCAAUAUAUUAUCACAUUGUGAUUCAGAGAGGACUAUCGCUGACUACUUUUUUCUGGUCAUGCCUCUGCUUCAGGAGCUUGUGGCUUGAUUCCCAAGUGGAAGGUAGAGACCUAGGCCCUCUGAGUCACAACUCCAUCUCUCUGGGUGAGGACUGAGCUCCAGGACUGCAGAGUGGAGGCAGAACAAUUGGGAUAGGAAGAAGAGAGGCCAGACUAGAUCAGAGUCUAGCGUGGGCUUCAGAGUCUACAGACUGGCACAGUUAUGCUUCCUGGCCCCUAUUGCUGGUUCAAGUCUGACCAGUCAGAAAUAUCUUUAGCUUAAGGGUGGGGUGUUGGCCAAUGAGACUUCAUUGUGAAAUAAAAUGCCCUCAGUUUCAUGUAGCUGAGCCACCACAGAGGAGUGGAGAAAUCGAGUUGACCAGAUGAGGGAGAGGCCAUUAAGAGGAAUCAAAGAUCAACCCGCACUGAGGACAAAUGGACCUGUAAUUCCGGGUGUGACGAGAGAACGGGAUUUACCUUCCUGAAUUAAAAAGCAGGUCAUUAAGCUUGGGCCCUGACUUUUCUUUGUGAGAAGGCACAGAGAUGGAAACCUUACAAUCCGAGACUAAAAAGAGGGUCCUUCCUUCAUGGCUGACAGCCCAGGUGGCUACAAAGAAUGUGGCACCAGCGAAGGCCCCCAAGAGGAUGAGAAUGGCUGCAGUGCCGGUGGCAGCAGCAAGACUCCCUGCGACGAGGACUGUGUACUGCAUGAAUGAGGCCGAGAUAGUCGAUGUUGCUCUGGGAAUCCUGAUUGAGAGCCGCAAACAGGAAAAGGCCUGCGAGCAGCCGGCCCUGGCGGGUGCUGAUAACCCAGAGCUCUCCCCUCCCUGCUCCUUGUCGCCUCACACAAGUUCUGGGAGCAGCAGUGAGGAAGAGGACAGUGGGAAAGAGGCACUGGCUGCAGGCCUCAGUCCUUCCCAGAGGCCGGGGGAUUCCAACUCUGCCUGCAGCAGGAGUCCCAAGGAGGAGAAGGAGGAGGAGGAGGAGGAGGAGGAGGAAGAGGAUGUGUUGAAAUACGUCCGGGAGAUCUUUUUCAGCUAGGGCAUUAACUGUGCACUCAACUUUCUGCUGAGAGCAGCUGGAGGACAGCUGAGCUUCCACUGGCGCUGCUGGGCCACCCGCCUGUGGGAAUGGGGCUCUCUGUGCUCCUACCUUCGUGCCUUCUUGGGCCUGGCGGAUUCACGUCAGGUCAGAAGUCCCAGGACGCUCCAGGCCUUGGGGCUGCCAUUCUGAGUGUGCGGAAGGCAGGACUCAAAACAAGAUCCCAUUCGAAUCCCGCUGGAUGUACUGAAUCCUCUCCCAGCUCUGAGGCUCUGGAAUCCCAACUGUCUGUAUUAGUCAGUCACCAGGUUCCAGGGAAAAUGAUGUCAUUUGGUGGUCCAACUUACUGGAACCAAAGAGACAGAACUUUUCAAAGAAAAGGAUCACUGCCAGGUGCACUGGAAUUGCUAGUUUAGUCCACAUGAUCUCUCCUGGAGGAAGCCUGUUUAAAAAAUAGUUUCCAUCAAUCAAUGAGCUCCCACCUCUCCAGCCAGCCUAGAAAGCAAACAAGCUGCCCACAGUUCUCUGCCGUGUCUGGGAGGUUGAGGCCACAGUGUUUGGACUGGUAAGCCAGACAGGCCUCCUCCCCCAAGCUGCUACCUUGCUUUCACCUGUACCUUGGUCCCUGGGCAGCUAGUUAUAAAGCAAGAGGGACAGGAGCCCAAAAGAGACACUAAGGACAAGAGAUCACACCAGAGUACAUGUUUCUGCCUUUGUUUUCAAUGUGGUUUUGGUCAGGAAUAGAUGAGUGAAUCAUUUGCCAUACGGGUUUUCCAAUACACAGGUGCUGGAAAAUACACACAACUCCCCAGUGC